CUUGGUAGAGGACAAACGUGUGCCGGCACCAUGGCGAGCGAAGGUUGUCAAAUCUUCAACCCAGCCGAAAAGGUGGCUAAGAUAUCCCACUGCUCUUCAAUGGAGCAGUACAAACAGAUGUAUGAGAAGUCUGUUAAAGACCCGGAAGCAUUUUGGGGAGAGAUUGCCAAGGAUUUUUAUUUCGAGCAAGGUGUGACAGGCAAGUUCGUUGACUACAAUUUUGACACCACGAACGGGAAGAUUUUCAUUCGGUGGUUAGCAGGCGCCAAGACCAACAUCUGCUACAACUGCUUAGACCGGCAUGUGGCAGCAGGCAAAGGGGAUCAAGUGGCAUUCUACUGUUCGGCGGCUACUCGGCGGAGAGCCUGUCGGACCGCAUGCUGGACGCCGAGGCGCGCGUGCUCAUCACGGCCGACGCGGUGUGGCGCGGCGCGAAGCUCAUCCACCUCAAGGAGAUCGCCGAUGACGCCAUGAAGAUCUGCAGGGAGAAGGACCAGAACGUUAGGCUAAACUUGGUGGUGCAGCACAUGAAGAAUGUCACUGCACCGCAGUCAGUCACCAAUGGUGCGGCCAACGGGAAUCCAGCUAAAAAGACACAUUUUGAUGACAAGGUGACGUGGAAUCCAGAGGUGGAUGUGUGGUGGCAUGAUGCCCUGACCUACAUGAGUACAGAAUGCCCACCUGUAUGGAUGGAUACUGAGGACCCCCUCUUCAUGCUGUACACCAGUGGCAGUACAGGAAAGCCAAAGGGUGUCUUACAUACUAUUGGAGGCUAUAUGCUGUACAGUGCAACCACCUUCAAAUACAGUUUUGACUAUCAACCCAACGACGUUUACUUCUGCACUGCCGACAUUGGCUGGAUCACUGGGCACUCAUAUGUAACGUAUGGACCCCUACUGAAUAAUGCAACUUCAGUAUUGUUUGAAGGAGUGCCAACUUACCCACACACAGGGCGAUUUUGGGAGAUAAUUGAGAAGUACAAAGUUAGCAAAUUCUAUACAGCGCCAACAGCUAUCAGAACGCUUAUGAAAUUUGGAGAUGAUCCUGUUAAGAAGUAUGACUUGUCAAGCCUUUCUGUCUUGGGGAGUGUUGGUGAACCCAUCAACCCAGAAGCCUGGCUGUGGUACUAUAAAGUAGUAGGAGACAGCAAUGUGUCAAUUGUGGACACCUUCUGGCAGACGGAGACAGGUGGUCACGUCAUUACACCUCUCCCUGGAGCCACACCCUGCAAGCCUGGUUCUGCGUGUUUCCCAUUCUUUGGUGUUGACGUUGCACUCCUGGAUGAGGAAGGUGCUGAAAUCAAGGGCGAGGGAGAAGGCUACCUCGUUUUCCGAAAACCCUGGCCAGGUAUCAUGCGCACAGUCUAUGGAAAUCAUGAGCGCUUUGAAACCACCUACUUCAAAAAGUUCCCUGGCUUUUAUUGUACUGGAGAUGGUGCCAGACGAGACAAGGAUGGCUAUAUCUGGGUCACUGGCCGUAUUGAUGAUAUGCUGAAUGUAUCUGGUCAUCUUCUGUCUACUGCACAGGUUGAAAGUGCCAUGGUAGAACACCCAAGUGUGGCCGAGUCAGCUGUGGUGGCAAGACCACAUACUGUAAAAGGAGAGUGUCUGUACUGCUUCGUAACUCUUGCUGAGGGCAGUGAAUUCUCUGAUAAGCUUACAGCAGAACUCAAAAACAAAGUCCGUGGCAGAAUUGGUCCUUUUGCUACACCAGAUUUCAUCCAGCUAGCCCCUGGACUGCCCAAAACACGAUCAGGAAAGAUCAUGCGUCGUGUUCUUAGGAAAAUUGCCGUGGGAGACCGCGACUUUGGAGACAUCUCCACUUUAGCUGAUCCAACCAUUGUGGAAACCUUGUUUCAACACAGACCAAAGGAGGGAAAGGUGUAGAACGUGUCAAGAUGGGAUUACACUCUGUAUAUUCUUGUUCAUUUGGAUUUCUUGGAUAUGUUUUUAAGUUUGAAAUAACAUUAUUUUUUUGGAGGACUCGGUAAAUGAAGACACUUUUAUCUCUAUUUUUGGCGAUUUGAUCCAUGCAACAUUGAUAGUAGGAUUAGGUCAUGUUACCAUGUGAAGGUGUCAAAUAUAUCUGUUUGUACAGGGAUUUACACUUGGACAUCAUUUGAUUUCAUGAUUUUAAGUAGCUGUUCAAACUUUACUGGUAUGUUGUGAAGGAGUAAAGCAUUGGAUGCUACCAUUACUCUGUGUUAAUCUCUUUGUGAAUAUUUUCUUUUCAAAAUCUUUCCAGGAAAAAAUAACAAAAACAGUGCAACAGUCUUUGAAUGUUGAUACCUCACUGCAAUAGGUUGUGGGAUGUGAUUUUUAAAUGUAUGUGAAGAAAAUGGGAAUAUUUGCAAUCUUUAUUUAGCUAAUUUGUGAGAAUUAGCUACAAAAUGUGGUGGAUGAAAUUUUGCAGUUUAUUCUUAAUGACCAAUGCUGCUUAUCAUUCCAUUCUUUUAACUGAAUGCCAGUGAAUGGUCAUAUACCAGUAUUUAUGUAUGUAUACUUUUUCUGUUAAUUCAAGAUGUUAUCAGAUAUUCACUUCAGUUUACAGAGUGAUGGGAAGUUGGUUGGUUGAAGUCACUAAACAAUGCAUAUCACUAGUGGGCCUCCUUUUUUACUGAACAAUAACAGAUCCUCACUGCCGACCUUGCUAAGGUUGUAAAUUUUAUUGUGGUAGAAUUUUUUGAUGAACAUAUCCCUGUGCUAUGUCCUGUGAGAAUGAUAUUCACCCUGAGAUUUUGCUUAAUAUUAUUAAUGCUCAUUAUCACCUUCCUACAGACAUUAGUUAACACAGCCCUUGAUAAUUUGGUGGCCCUCAGAUACUGUGACCCGUCCACAUGUGUGUAUCAACUGUUGAGAGGGGAAAAGGAUAAUGUGAUCUCAGAAAUGUUUUGUUUCACUGGUAUUGUGAAUAUUUGGUACUUAAUACUUUCCUGUAACAUGUUACCUUAAAAGAUGUUAUAUUUUUGGUUUAUUUUAUUUUUUAUUAGACUUAGUGAGAAUUUGGUACAAGUGUUCUAUUUUAAAAAGAAUAAAACUGAGUGAAUAUAAAUAUAUUUUUAGGCCCUUGAUAUCCCAAGAUUAAUAAACAUGCUUUGGAGAUCAAAAGAUAUGUUCACAAAAUUGUUAUAUCUUAUAAUUUUCCCAAGCAAAAUAUCACUUAUUCAUAUACAUUUAAUUAAUUCAUAAAAAUUUAGAUUGAUUAUAGCCAUGAAUAGCAAAAACAUUGAUUAAUAAGUGUAUCUUCAUAGCAACAGAGUCAUAGUAGUUGAGUAUUAUGAAAUUUGUCCUGAAGUUGAAUUUAAUGGUAUAACUACAAGUGGCUUAGUAAAUAAAAAGAAAGGUGUUUAAUGAGAAAGGGGCAGCUAGGGAUAAAUAAAAGACAUUAUCAUUUGUACAAAGUGGUUGUCCUCAGAAUACAAGAGUCAGUUUUGAUGUAAACUGAAUUAGUUUCAUUAACAGAAAGAGGGAAAGGUCUCUCCUGUAUAGUUUUGCCAUAAGAUGUUUUUACAAGUGUUCCACAUCAUUUAUAAAUAAAUGGAGACAUAAUAAUUAUAUUCUUCAAUAGUCAACCUUGCUUUUUGCACUGGAAUUUCCAUUUGGAAAUUAAAAGAAGUGGAAGGGUAUCAGUUAAUGGACAUUAAGAAAAGGCAGAAUUUGGUCACCAUAAUUUGUAAUCAUGCUCUCAUAUUUUAUCCAGUUGUAUAAAAAGAAAGAGGUAGACAUGGUUGAUGGCUAUUUUUUUCCAUAAUGUAAGAAAGGAAGGAAGACUCUUGUAUAUAUUUAUUAAUUUGUGCUAUAUAAAAGUAAAUUAUUUAACUGUGUUUACUGUAGCAAGUUGAUCUUCUGAACAUAUCUAUGGCAAGUUGACUUAUGUGAGCAUAGUGAAGCACUAAUGUUACUAUUGUUGUAUAACAAAGUGUCAAAAUUGGUAAGUUAAAAACAUAUUGUUGUUAGCUUGGUAUAUAAUGCUCUGUUAAGGCUGUGUCAGUGACAUCUAAAGAACAGAAAUUAGAUUUGAAGUGCAUAUAUACAUGUGCAUACCUACAUAUGUACAAUUUUCAGUUCUGAUAGAUAGAAAAUAUAGUGACAGCUUUUCCAUAAAGUUCUUUAUGUAUGAUCAAAAGAGUUCAGGAAAAUAAUUAUUUCUUGUUUGAAUGAAAUAAAUUUCAAGCUUUAUAAAUUCUGAUUAAGUCUAAACCUGACAUAUGUGUUAAAGCAAUUAAUAUAUUAGCAGCUGAAAGUAAGCGCUGGUUGAAUUGGCGAAAUCUUAACCAAGGCUUACCAAAAUGCUUCACAUCUAGCCAGCUGAAAGAACUGAAGCAUAAUAUUUAUCAUGAACCAGUAAUACAGCCCUUUGUGUAAUUAACUAGUUUUCAGUCUUGUGAUUGCACACAUCCAGUAGAGUUUCUGAACUAUGAACAACAAGAAAGGCAUAGAAUCUGAGCCCUGGUUUGGUGUAGGCUGACUCUUAGCUAAACAGUGAAUAGGGUUAGUGCCUCAUCUGCUGUCUGGCUGACUACAUGCUUUCAGUGGCUCAGAGCACACUUCGGUGAUCAAAUUUCAGAAAUUCUGUUGUGUAGAAUUUGCACCAAUCAUAGAUAUAAAAUGUGACCUAACAUGCUUGGAAAUACCUGAGUGGAUAGCAUUCACUUAAGGGAUUUUCCAUGCCAAUAUUACUAAGUGUAAUGUUGUAUUGCAAUUUUUACUUUUGUUUUUUAUUUAUAAUUUUUUGUGAUGAACUAAUGAGAGAUUGUACUUACUGGCAUUUAUUUCUAGCAUUUUAGUUAAUUUAUUUUAGUACUAUGCAUUUCUUGAUCCCUCUCAGAAAAUUGCUAAAUAUGCCUUUAAUGAUAACCACCUUUUUCUGUCAAGAAAUCAAAAAACAAACUUCUCCGACUUCUUUUUUUCGCUAAAUGAUAUAUAACUGAUUUCUGCCAUAAUCCUGCAUAUUUAUUUAAACAUGAUUAUUUUAUAGGAAUGAAAACAAUACAUUGUUCAAGAGAUAUUUUCCACAGGAUAGUGCAGCAUUCAGUGAGUGAAGUGAAUUUCAUUUUAUGUGACUUAUUAUAUGGCUUGUGGAAUAUCAAUUGUAAAUUUCACUGGCUUUCAAAUGCUAUCUUACAGGUGACAGAUGUGAAGAAAGCUCAAUAGAAACUUCAGACAAUACCACUGUAAAAAUUAAAUUUAUUGUAGUCAGUCAGUAAAAGAUUAUGAAAUUGUCAAAUUUAUGCUGCACAAAUGUUGAAAGUUCUAAUUUUUUAUACAUUCCAUUUUACAGUACCAAUAUUCUGUUAAAUAUUGGUUGGCUUUUGAAAGUCUUGCUUAAUUUUAUAAUCAUAACCUACAUUUAUUUUAUAUAUGAUGUAGAAUUAAUUUAUUAAGUAAUAUAAAAAAAAACGGAGAGGAAAAUUAAUUUUUUUUUGUUACCGUUUGGGAAAAUGUGAUUGUGGAAUAAAUAUCAAGAGAUGA